CAGUGCCUCUCGAUUAACUCGUGUGUUUGUUAUAUCCCUACGAGGGAAACGACGCGACUUUCUUCACCUACCACGACCUCUACACAUCCGCAGCCAUGAGGGAAUAUUACUCCAUGAUGUCUCGUCUGAACGGCGUUAACGCCUUAAACGGGUGCGGCGAGAUGAACGGACCAGGGAGCUCCGGGUGCUGGACCAUCGGCCUCAUCAACGCCAAGGCCAAGUACCUCACCGCGGAAACCUUCGGCUUCAAGAUCAACGCCAAUGGCGUCUCGCUUAAAAAGAAACAGAUGUGGACUUUAGAACCUGCCGAGAAAGAUCUCAUUGCCUUCAAGUCUCAUCUGGACAAAUACCUGUCCGUCGACCAGUACGGCAACGUGACCUGCGAGAGCGAGGACCGCGACGUCUCGUGCAUGUUCGAGGUGUCCGUGACCGACGACGAGCACGGCCGCUGGGCACUCCGUAACGUGACCCGAGGCUACUUCCUGGGCGCCGCCGGGGACAAGCUCAUCUGUACGGCCAAGGUGCCCACUGACGCUGAGCUCUGGACCAUCCACCUCGCUGCCCGGCCUCAGGUCAACCUCCGCUCCCUGGGCCGCAAGAGGUACGCCCACCUGAACGAGGAGGGCACCGAGAUCGAGGUGGACGCCAACGUGCCUUGGGGCGAGGACACACUGUUCACCCUCGAGUUCAGAGACAACAAAUACGCCAUUCACACCAGCAACAACAAGUACCUCAGCCUGGACGGGAAACUCAUCUCCCAGUGCACGCGCGAUUCUCUCUUCUGCCUCGAGUACCACCAUGGCUCACUCGCCCUCAGGGACCAUCAGGGUCAGUACCUGAGCCCCAUCGGCUCUCGGGCGGUGCUGAAGUCCCGCUCCAACACAGUCACCAAGGACGAGCUGUUCGCCUUGGAGGACUCCCUACCUCAGGCAUCCUUCGGCGCCGUCCUCAACACCCGAUACGUCUCCGUCAAGCAAGGAGUGGACGUGACCGCCAACCAAGAAGAGAUCUCAGACCACGAAAAAUUCCAGCUGGAAUAUGAUGCUGCUACCAAGCGCUGGUACGUGCGCACUAUGCAAGACAAGUACUGGACCCUGGAGGCUGGCGGUGGCAUCCAGGCUAACGCCAACAAACCGACAUCAAACGCACUCUUCACCUUCCACUGGCAAGCAGAUGGGUCAGUGGCAUUCCAGGCAAACAACGGCAAGUACAUUGCAACCAAAAAGUCUGGCCAUCUCUUCGCCAACGCAGAUUCCCCUGACGAUGAGAGCGCCCGAUUCUACUUCUACCUUAUCAAUAGGCCAGUGUUGGUGCUCAAGGGAGAACAAGGCUUUGUUGGCUAUAAGGUAAAUACGUUGAAGAUGGAGUGUAAUAAAGCCAACUACGAGACUAUCCGUGUUGAGAAGGGUGACCAAGGACAAGUAUUCUUCAGAGGUCAGCAGGGUGGUUACUGGCAUGCAUGUGGAGAUGGCAUCAUGGCAGACUCUGAGGUUCCAGAAGGAUUCUUUAUUGAACUUCGUGAAGCCACAAGGAUGUGCUUGAAGAACUCCUCUGGUCAAUAUAUUGUUACUGAGAAAAAUGGAGGCUUUAAACUUGGGGACACAGAUCCCUCAAGGGCUACCCUAUGGGAGUUCUAAAUCACUUGGCCAGUUAUCUAUAAAACUAGGGAGCUAGGUUGAUCCUGCCAUGUCGGAAUCUGCUCCAUACUAUUAAAGUUAAAAAAAUAUUUACAUUAAUGCUGAAGACCUGGCAACAAAGUCGAUUUAUAUGCACAAGGUCUUAAGCUGAUAGACAGAGUGUCAGUGUCCAUGUAAAUUAGCAAGGAGAUAGGCUGUCAGAUCCCUGUCUUGUUGCUAUUUUCAUCCCUUUUUUAAAAAACAUUUAUUCAAGGUGUAUUGAAGUAAAUGCUCAUUUUUCUCCUAAGCCCCUUGAGUGAAAUUUGUAUUGAUUAUUUUCUAAAGGAAUGUAUGAUGUGAGUGUAUACCCCAGACCUAGAUUAUGUAUAAAUUAAAGAUCAUCUACAUACUUGUUGAAUUUGUUCAGAUAGUUUGAGUUUGAUUAAAGAAAUUUUAUCACUGAUUUUGGUGGUCAUUUAGUGUUGGUUAGACGAUAAAGACAGUCAAAGCAUAUGUACUACCUAGUCGUAAGGUCAUAAUCAUGAGUGUUUAACAAAUACCACCCUUAUAUCACCGGAAAACUACUCAAUUCAUAGUAUAAAUUUCAAGUUACUGGCAAGGUUUAAUUUUUUCAUUAGUCUUUGCCAUAUCAUAAUUUCAUUGGAAGUCUGGAAAAAUUAAUGAUUGGAGAUUGUAUGCAACCAAAGUUUUUAUAUCAGUGUUUGUACAAGUAACUAAGCUGGUAGGUGAUGCUGUAUGUAAAUAUUGUCAUUAUUGACAUUGCUUCCAUGAGUCUCUAGGCUAAGUCAGAUAACUUGUACUUAAUUUCUACUUUUUUACUGUUUCUACUUGUAACUGUUGUCCUUUCAUUUCUUAAAAGGAAAUUAUCUGUACUGGAAAAUACUUAUGUUUGCAAAUUAUGCUGAAUAAUAGCACACUUUCAUUAAUAUGUUACAUACAAAUCAGUGGGAUAGUUACACCCCAGCAAUAAGCACAAGUUAGAUCAUUCAGCAGUUGAUAAUGUCGCUUGCUUAGUCCUAGGCUGCUGGUAGUCCUCAACUUACCAGAAAUUAGUGGGUACAGGUGCAUGAAUUUCAAAGUGCCCAAUAUUGUCUGUAAUAAUAAGCAUAAAAAACAGUCACCAAGUUCAUUUCCUUUCAUUCUGUAACAAACUCAGACCAGGAAUAUGACAAUCUUAUUCUAAACAACAAAAGGUAAUCAGAGACUUUUGGAGGCAACAGUAAAAAGAACAGACCAUGGACAAAGUUAUGCAAGGCUGUUCAUGGUUUCCAACCCUAACAUAUAUAGUGGAUUCCACUUGUGUAUUUUGCUGUAAGCACCUUCUAGGUUGCACACUUUGGUCUUGCCAGCAGCCUCCUUGCUCUUGGUGUUAUCCCCGCAGCCUAAGGCAGCGGUAACCAGCCAAUGCAUUUAUGGAAGGAAAGCCCGACCCAGGACAGUUCGUGGCCCAUCCCUCCAGAGAGAGAGCCCCAGCUGUGCCCACCUACGCUACACCUGCCCAUGUGCCCUGCUUUGUGUUGCACCUCCUUUAACACAUGUUCUCUCUUGUCCCUGUUAACCAACAAGUAACCAACAGGUUUAGGCUUGUGCUAAAUACAUCAUAGGAUAUUACUGCAAACUACCUGUGUAUGUAUUAUUUGGCAUUUUAUUUGGCUAAGGAAUGACUUAUGUUGAUGUUAUAGUAUUGCUGUUGUAAACGAUGUCUUCUAUGAAGUAUAAGAUGUAGCAGUACCAUUAUCAACAGAAAGGAUGGCUUAAUUUUGCCUGGCAGUUUUAAUCUACCUGUGAUAAACACUGCCAAGAACAGGCAUUCUUGGGUGUGGUCAUAAGUGCGUCCGUCAGCACAGCUGGUUGCAAAUUGCCUCCGUUCCUUUCAUGUUCUUGUCUGUCGUAGUGAAUGCAAAAUUAGUUUGUAUUUAAUAGUCCUUUGUAUGAUGCGCUUUAGAUUGUAGGGUACACAUUAUUUUAUUUAUUGCAUUAUUGUAUAGCAUAUCAUAUAAACGGCUUCUUAAUAAAAUAAGCAAAUUA